UGCUGCUGGGGAGACCCGAAGUACCAGAGAGGAGCUCCGUCUUCGUUGGGCGAGGUGGCCACGGCUUCGGGGCAGCCAUGAUUCACAGCCUGUUCCUGAUCAACUCGUCCGGAGACAUCUUCCUGGAGAAGCACUGGAAGAGCGUGGUCAGCCGCUCGGUUUGCGACUACUUCUUCGAGGCGCAGGAGCGAGCUUCGGAGGCAGAGAAUGUGCCCCCCGUAAUCUCCACCCCGCACCACUACCUCCUAAGUGUUUAUCGGCACAAGAUCUUCUUCGUGGCUGUGAUCCAGACGGAGGUGCCGCCCCUUUUUGUCAUUGAAUUCCUUCAUCGAGUUGUGGACACUUUUCAGGAUUAUUUUGGCGUCUGCUCCGAGGUGGUCAUCAAGGACAACGUCGUGGUGGUGUACGAGGUGCUGGAGGAGAUGCUGGACAACGGGUUCCCCUUGGCCACCGAGUCCAACAUCCUGAAGGAGCUGAUCAAGCCACCAACGAUCUUGCGAACGGUUGUCAACACCAUCACAGGCAGCACCAACGUAGGGGAACAGCUGCCCACGGGCCAACUGUCGGUGGUCCCCUGGCGACGGACCGGGGUGAAGUACACCAACAACGAGGCCUACUUUGACGUGAUCGAAGAGAUCGAUGCGAUCAUUGACAAAUCGGGCUCCACAAUCACUGCUGAAAUCCAAGGGGUGAUUGACGCUUGCGUGAAGUUGACGGGGAUGCCGGACCUCACACUCUCCUUCAUGAACCCCAGGCUCCUGGACGACGUCAGCUUCCACCCCUGUGUGCGUUUCAAGCGCUGGGAAUCUGAGCGCAUCCUCUCCUUCAUCCCUCCAGACGGGAACUUCCGCCUGCUUUCCUAUCAUGUCAGCGCACAGAACUUGGUGGCCAUUCCCGUCUACGUGAAGCACAACAUCAGCUUCCGGGACAGCAGCUCCCUGGGCCGCUUCGAGAUCACCGUGGGGCCCAAGCAGACGAUGGGCAAGACCAUAGAAGGGGUGACGGUCACCAGCCAGAUGCCGAAGGGCGUCCUCAACAUGACCCUCACGCCCUCGCAGGGGACCCACACCUUCGACCCCGUCACCAAGUUGCUGUCUUGGGACGUGGGCAAGAUCAACCCUCAAAAGCUGCCAAGUCUGAAGGGGACGAUGAGCCUCCAGGCGGGAGCCUCCAAACCUGACGAGAACCCCACCAUCAACCUGCAGUUCAAAAUUCAGCAGCUGGCCAUCUCCGGUUUGAAAGUGAAUCGCCUAGACAUGUACGGAGAGAAGUACAAGCCUUUCAAGGGAAUCAAAUACAUGACCAAGGCCGGGAAGUUCCAAGCCCGGACCUAAGAGCGGCCCUUCCUGAAGUGAGCCCUCACUUCCAGCUCCACCUCUGCCCCGCCUCCUCCGCAGAUGCUCCUCGCUUUGGCCCACCUGGUUUGUUCAGGGCAGGUACCUUUUUCCUCAGCCCGGCAUCCCUGCCUCUGUUAAACUUCGAAACGCUCAGGUAGGCUGGGGAGCAACUGGUCCCUCCCUCCCUCCCAGCUUUCCAGCUCAUUUUUCAGCAAAGGCCAGCUCCGCACCAUGGUCCUGUCGUGACUGCCCUUGCGCCCGUUCCUCUGCCGCCUGCACACCCAGAGCCCUGCAGGAAGCAGGGUGCCCGGAAGAGGCAGUGCUGGGGAGCGUGAUCACGGGAGGCCGAGGGAGAACCUUGAACAGCUGCUUGGCACGCGGGACUCUCCGCGUCUGCUAUGAGUGACUGGAAGGGAGCUGCCCUGUCAGUGCUUCCACAAAGCCCCCCGAAGAGGACUGGGGACCCCGUGCGUUUAGCCCUGCCCCACUGAAAUGUAUUGCUUCCGCAGAAGCCUGGAACGAGACAAUGGGUUUCUUGGAGAAUUGGAAGUGCUGUGGGAAAGGAGAUCUGGCGCCUUGUGCGCCCGCACAGCCCAGCUGUUGUCUCUGGUUAAACAGGUUUUCCUUUUUGGGCAGGGAGGGGGUGCUUUGGAAACCAACAAAACCUGUUUGCUCGGGAGGACAGCAGGACCUGAAAGCACGAAUCCGCUUGCCCGUGGCAACAGUGGCUUCCAUCACACGAUCUUCAGCUUGCUGGAAAGUUCUUGUCUGUGUAAUUAUCUUUGGGGUGAGGUGGAGGCUGUGUGCCGUUCUCUGUUGACCGUUUUAAGAGCUGCCGCCUGGCCAAGGGGGCUGGGUGGGUUUUGCUGUCGCUGUGAUGCCGCUCCACCCGCGUCUUCCCGCGUGUCGCACUGGCCACCCUUCUGCACGCUGCUUCUGUACGCGUACGUUGUAGCUCUGUGCACGCACACAGAUUUGAACCAGAA